AUGGACUCGACCACUGCCGUGUGUGUGUUGCUGUCGUUGCUGUCGCCCUCAUGUCGAUCGACGGACGUGGCAACCGCGCCCCUGCCAUCAACACUGUUGUCGUACCCAGUACCACGUGGCAGCAAGUCAAGUCCGACGGCACUUACGAUGGAUGGGGCCAUUCGCCAAACCGACCACUACGGACGAAAGUUCCACCAACACUAUCAAGGCGCUGGCUCAAACGAUCAUGGCCGCAGCGGGCAACUCGAAGCGAGUCGUCUGUCUCAGGCCACGAUCCCGACGAUCGAUGACACCCGCAAAACCGAUUGGGUGCAGCGCUACGACGACAUACACGAGGACUUGAAGCGGGCCAGAGAAGAGAACGGGACACUUGGCCAGCUCGUGCGUGCCCACGAGCGAGUGUACGCCGAGAACCAAAAGGCUUUUGAUCGCAUGCGCAAACGCAUGUGA